GCCCUGCCAAGAUUAACCACAGGACCCGCUGAUCAUUCUCCGUUGUUCUCUGAAUCAUAUAGUUCAUACACCAGUGCUCUUGUUAGCCGGCUCUUGCCUUCUUCAACUCAACUCCCUGGAUUCUAAAACUCCUAGUUUCCUGAGAGUUCGAUUGUUUUAGGUUUGUCGACCUAGGUGUAUACAUUUUCUAUACCAUGCAUGCUAUAGUCACAAUUAAAGUAUUAUCGGUCUCAUAUCGAAAUUGCCGCUAGUUGCAUUGUUUUUACGAGCACGCGUAGACAUGCAGUCUAGUGGCUAGUUUCGAAGCUUCUUCCCUGUGGCUAACCCACAACAUUUUACUCCUUGUCAAGGCAAGAACUUGAGCAGUAGACUCUGGUCUGACACAUAUGUGUACUCAAUGACGGGAUCUUCAGUCAAAGCAGUGUAGAGUCGAUUUAAUUGCGAUGAGCUCCCUGCUGACCGCUCUAUCAUCGUUGUGACCAGAUUGUGCAGGGUCCGCUUACGGGUUGUUGAAUGAGAAAGACAGUGGCAAGUUCAGUGGAGUUGUAACUCAACAAACUUCCUACUCCGUCAUUUCUAAAUUUCCCAGCCAACUUCUGACCUCCAAAUCUGUCAGUUUGCACACAGCGUCCAUGCUGCUUCUCUGAAUAAGAUUCUGCUUGUGCUAGUGAGAGUUGGGCUUUAACUUGUUUGGGAUGCUGGGUGCUAUAGAACACCACAGAGGUAGUUUACCAAUCAUGACGUCUGCGUUCAUGAAAAACCUCAAUUCUUGGUUCAUGACGUACUUCACGGGCCGGGCCAAGCAAAAGACGAUGAACAACUCCAAGAUCACCAUCCUGUGCGUCCUUGUGACGAUACUCGUCUUGCGAGGUACCAUCGGCAGCGGGGUCGACAAAUCGGCCGACUUUGAGCGGGCGGUUGCCCGCGCAGAGAAUAGCAAGGUUGAUCCGGAGGAUGUAGAAUGGGACCCAAGUAUUCCAUUCAGGCUUGGACCUAAAAUCCUCAACUGGGAUCAACAGCGGGUGCUGUGGAAGAAGAAGCAUCCUGGCGCUGACAAGAAUCUCGACGGGAAAGAUCGGGUGUUGCUGGUUACAGGAUCUCAGCCAAAGAAGUGCGAUAUUGCGAUGGGCAACUUCCAACUACUCAAGGCCCUGAAGAACAAGAUAGAUUACUGCCGAUUACACAACAUCGAGAUUUUCUACAACAUGGCACACUUGGAUGUGGAAUUGGCGGGGUUUUGGGCGAAGCUACCGUUGCUAAGAAAGCUCAUGCUGGCGCAUCCGGAAGUGGAGUGGAUCUGGUGGAUGGAUUCCGACGCGCUCUUCACCGAUAUGACGUUCGAGAUACCGAUUGAGAAGUACAAGGGCUACAACAUGGUGCUUCACGGCAGCGAGGACGAUGUGUACGUGAGGAAGAGCUGGCUGGGUCUGAACACUGGAAGCUUUCUGUUCCGCAAUUGCCAAUGGUCCCUCGAACUGCUCGACAUUUGGGCGAUAAUGGGCCCUAAAGGCGCCGUGCGAAUGGAAGCAGGGAGAUUGCUCACCGCCACACUUAGCGGACGCCCCGAAUUCGAAGCCGAUGAUCAGAGCGCGCUGGUGUACUUGUUGGCGACGCAGAAAAGUCGUUGGGCACGGAAGGUUUACCUGGAGAACAGCUAUAGUCUUCAUGGGUAUUGGGUCAUGCUUACUGAGCGCUACGAGGAAUUUAUGGCCAAGGGUAGUGCAGGUGGCGGUGGAGGCGAGUAUCGAUGGCCAUUUGUGACCCACUUCGUCGGGUGCAAGCCUUGCGGCAAGGGCGGAAGUAGCAGCUAUGGAACCGAGCGGUGUUUACUUCACAUGGAGCGCGCCUUCAAUUUUGCAGAUAACCAAAUCCUCAGUAAGUUUGGGUAUCAGCACGCCACUCUGAGCACGUCCAAUGUCAGACGCAUCCGGAACGACAGUAAUGACCCUCUCAGAUUCAUCGAGCUUCUGACAUGAUGCGAAACCUAUUCACCUCUCAGUUGGAUCCUCGGACGUGGUGGCUUGCUCGAAAGGUUCGCAACAGCCCGCUGGGUUUGCUGUGUCAGGAUCCUUAGACAGGAAGUUUCGAUUAGUUACCACGAUCGCCGUGAAUGGACAGCCGAUGCUGUAAUCACUUUUCACGUUAUUGAUGAGGCUUCAGGGAAAGAUUUGGUUGACUAGUACUAUUGGCUGGACUGCAACAGUAAGUCCCGACACCGUUGGAGACCUUCCACCCGCCCGGCACCAGGCACAAUAGUGAAUAACUACAUACUUCUACGUGCGGCCUACUUUGGUCAACACACUAUCUGGGAAAUGAGGAGGUCGAUGGAGUAUUUCUACGGGGCAAGCUGUCGAGUAGAACCUGAAGGAAAGAUCGUAGAGUUUAUUUUUCGUUCGGCGAUGGGAUGAUCGAGUAGGACAUCCAUAAUACACAUGGCUGUAUCAGUAAAACUCCUUGAGGAUGGCCAGCUUUUGAUAAAUCCUGGAGGGUGGUCAGCUAUUGAUCAGUACAUACAAUUAUCGGCGUAGUUGGAGCGAUCCAUUCAGUUCGUCAGCAAGCGACUAUUCUGAUCGAGUAGUCUGAUAAACCUUACCAAGCACUGCAAGGGUUUGCUAGCAUUCCUUUCGAAUUAGGUCGUCGCUUGUGUUGAAACCAAUAGGGCAUUUAAUUUCCUGCCCAGUGAUGUGAAUACAUUCUUGCUAUCAGACCUGGUUUACCAGGGUUUCAUUUCUUUC